GGAGUCGAAUCUGGAUACGGCCGUUUAUUAGCGAACAGAAAACGUUCAAAUGACCUAAGCAAGCACCUUCCCUCUCUCUCUCUCUCUCUCUCCAUGGCAGUAAAUCAAGUUUCUUCCUGUCUCUAUACUUCCAUCAAUGGUGUUUGUGCGUCUUCGAGAUCAUCAAGAACCAAUUGGAUUACUUUUCCGAUCAUACAAACACGAAUUGGGACUGCUUUCGCCACUGGUUCUCCCCUCUUGAUAUUGAGAAAUACUCAUCGAAGGAAGUUUGCAUACAAAGCAACAUCAGUUUCCAUAAGGUGUGAGCAGAGUAGAAAGGGCAAUAGUUUGGAUGUAUGGCUAGGGCGGAUGGCAAUGGUAGGCUUUGCAGCGGUUAUUAGUGUUGAAAUAGCAACAGGCAAAGGACUCCUAGAGAAUUUUGGGCUUACAGCUCCUUUACCAACACCAGCCCUGGCAAUUACAGCAUUAGUGGGCUCUUUGACAGCAAUAUUUAUCUUCCAAUCUGCCUCUGAGAAUUGAUCACUUCGAAGUUCUUGCUUGGUGCUAGUGGGAGCUUUUGAUAGAGAUAUUCUUGCUUACAUUCUUGUUGAUUUGGGUAAUUUUUUGUCUCAGUGCUAACAAAAAUUACCACACUACAGAAUGUACAACAACAAUAUUCAUGUAAUGCCAUGCCACUAUGGGGGAGUUCUGAUGGAAUUCACUGUUGGUCUAGAUCAAUGAGCAUAUAUAUCCACCUGAAGUAUAAUAUUGAAUGCUUCACAAUUAUGAGUGUUUUUAGAAAAAUGGUAAACAAGAAAGAUUGGAUCUUUCAAUAUACUGGUUGGGCACACUCAUCUGGUAGCUAUCAGCAUAUGCUAGAAGGAUAGUCUAUAUCCAGUCUUUAUUGGGGGCCUUGCAGUUUAUGAUGCCAGUAGUGGACAGGUGAUUCGAUGUCUUUUUAAAAGUGUUUGAGUUGUCCUGUAUUUUACUGUAUACUCAAAAUAUUGCAAGGGAAAAAGGGUUGCAUUGAGA